GCGCAUGCGUAAAUCAAACAGGAGCGGUAGUUGAGCAAAACGUGUAUUGUUUGACUUUUUCAUUUUUGUUUAAAGUGUGUUGUAGCAUUAAUUAAGUCGCCAAAUACUGAUUUUUGGGAUUUGGUUAGGGCGACUAGGACUAGCAUGCGUAAAUAGCUAAACGUGCAAAUUAUGACGUCGACCGAAGACAGUUCAUCAGACUCACAGCAACAAGAGCCUGUGGAUUUAUGGCGUCCAGGGCGUAAAAAAAUUGUGAGGCAUAAGGGAAGGAAGAUGCCAGUGGAUGUAGGUCGACUGAUAAAAUGGUUAGAAGUGACGAAAGUGAUUGAACCCGAGUUUGAUUUUCGUGCUCAAUUCAUCACUGACUGGGAUGCAUGCGAGAGGAGGCGAGAUGCGGGUGGCUUUGAGGAUGACAACGAUAUCAGUCCAAUUACAGACAAUGAAAGCUCGGAUAGUGGAAAUGAGAUGUGGGAAGUCGAUUGGAGGGAAACAGUCAAACAAAUCAAGUCAUCUGAUGGUGUUAGACAAGAGCUUAUCAAAAUGAGGGACAGAAUGGAAGCAUCACGUCUUCUCAAUUCCCGACUGCAAGUCGAUAAUAGGGAGAAUUUCGAUCCAGAGGCUGUUGAUGAAGGAACAAAGCAGUGCAAGAGAGAAUUGGGUCUGUGUGACUCUGACGAUGCAAGGGAGGAUCGGCCGACAAAGACGGAAGGCAGAGAAAUUUUUUGUCAUUUACUGCCACACAUGAUGGAUGUGACCAUUCAUGAGAGAGACGAAAAGGUCAACACAUGGCAGUGGGAUCUGAUCUAUCAAGUCUCAAUGAGUGCAUCUGAUAGGCCAACUGACACCAACAGUGUCAUCUGCACAAGAUGGCAGAGCCAAAAGGCUCGCUACCACAACCGAAAGGCUUGCUACCACAGAAAUAAGGACAGUCGAAAGCGGAACAAUGUCUCUAAUACAACGAGUAAAAGCAAGAAGCCGAAAAAAGGGUGACCUUAAAGAGUGGUGUGACGAGUACCGUACUGGUGUUUUGCUACACUGAAUUACAGGUUUUAGAGUUUUAACUGCAGCUUUAGCGUAAUAAUAAAUUAAUUAAGGAUUUUAUGAUGAGACAUGAGGUUAGCAUUUCACAGCUUGUUUUAUGAAUAAUGGUGUACUUGUAGGUUGGGAUUAUAUUGACAAAUGCAGUUACAUGAUAGCCUCUUUACUAUUAAUAGGCUUGCUA